AUGCAGCCUGCCGUUACGGCGGUGCAGGGUUUGAGAUACAACACCCGGGCAACCAAUAUCCAACUGUUUCCCCAAGAUGGGCAAAAGGACAUCAAUCCCGAUACUCAAAUACGCUUGAAAUUUCCUUCACCGCCAUCAAUCGGUGAUUCGGGCUUGAUUCGUGUCUACGAUGUCGAAUCCAAAUCGCUUGUUGACUCGCUCAAUCUGUCAAUUCCAAUCUCGCCCAGUCCCUACGGUAACGGCUCGACCAAGGCGAACUACACGGAUAAGACCAAAUACCAAACGAACAUAAUCGGCGGAAUGGACUUCUACUUCUUCCCGAUCAUUGUCCACGACAAUACCGCGACGAUAUAUCUGCACAACAACCGCCUCGAGUACAACAAAACAUACAGCAUCACCAUCGACCCUGGCGUCCUUACAAUCGACGAUGAAGAAUACGGAAACACCACUUCCAGCUUCCCAGGCUUCUCAUCCAAUUCCUCCUGGACCUUCUCCACCAAGCCCAGCGGUCCCCCCUCAAACGCCACAUCCGUGACCGUCUCCACCGACGGCACCGCAGACUUCACCACCCUCCAAGGCGCCCUCGACUGGGCCCCCUCCAAUCCCACCACGCCCACGACCAUCCUCAUCGCACCCGGCACCUACGAAGAACUCAUCUUCUUCCAGUACAAAACCAACCUCCGUAUCCGCGGCUCCUCCCCCAACACGACACUCAUCGGCUACCCCAAUAACAGCGCCUUCAACCCGCCCAACCGCCAAGGCCCCUCCCGCCGCCCAGCCUUCUCCUUCCGCGGCGCAGCAGACAUCCAGCUUUCCAACUUCUCCAUCACAAACUACUUCCGCGGCCAAGCCGAGAGUUUACUCCUCGACGGCACGCGCGUAGUGCUCGACCACAUGGCGCUCAACGGCUCAGGCGACGCCCUAACUACAUACGGCACCGCGUAUAUAGCUUCCACGACGCUCUACGGCGACGGCGACACCAUCCUCGGCUACGGCACCGUCUUCUGGGCGAACAGCACGAUUGUAACCUCCGCCGGGGCAGUAAUCUGGCCGCGAACAAGCCAGAAUACGCACGGUAAUGUGUUCGUCGAUUGCACUAUUAUAAGUCUCCAGGGAAACAGCACGUUUGCGAGACUCCCUGAUAAUAGUGGCGGGGUGCUGGAUAACUGGCCGUAUGCGGAGGUAGUGCUAAUUAAUACGCGGACGGAGGGAUUGCGGCUGUGGGGUGGGGGCCGGUGCAAGGGGAGGAGGAGGGCUUUGAUAGCAGCUCCGUGA